GCUUUUUUGAUAGCUUAUCCAGAAGUAUUGUUGUUCUGUCCACUCCUUCAUUUCUUACUUUCUUAUCUUUCUCAAAAUAAUAAUAAUACUACUACCUGUCUAUAAUCUCCUGCUCCUAAAUUCUGCUACAAUUAUUUAUUUUUCAACAAUGCAAAGACUAGUGCUCUCUUCUGAGAGCAGUAGUAGCUUACUCUUUAGACCCUCAUUUGCAUUUCCUAAUAUCUCCAGGUUUUCGAGGCGGCAUUCUCUUUGCAUACAACAUGGCUGGCUUGGUGACUUAUCCAAGGUGGUCAGGACUAGGAAUUACAAAAGAUGCUGCAUCACAAGGUCGGGUUAUGGUGCCGAAGAAUGCAGUAGUACAAACAGUACAGCAUUGUCAAAGAGGAAAAAUGAAAGAACAUCGGUUCUUCAAGUCCUAGACAUGCCAGAGAACAGUUAUGUGAAGUCUGUUGUCCUUUCUGGGCUUUUCACUCUUCUGUUCACGCAACAAGCAAGUGCUGCUUCAGAGGUUGCCACUGGCUUGCAGUCGUUUCCUUUCUUUGGGGACCUCGGAGAUUUAAGCACAGGUUUUGCUUCAGCGUUCUUGUUGAUAUUCUUUUCAGAGCUUGGGGACAAAACCUUCUUUAUUGCUGCUCUUUUAGCAGCUAGGAACUCUGCCGCUGUCACUUUCCUUGGGACCUUUGGCGCACUUGGGGUAAUGACAAUCAUAUCGGUUGUUCUUGGACGAACUUUCCACUAUGUCGAUGACAUCCUCCCUUUCAGGUUAGGUGGAACUGAUUUGCCAGUGGAUGAUAUUGCUGCAGUUUGCCUUCUGGUGUAUUUUGGAGUGUCAACCUUGCUAGAUGCCUCCUCCAGCGAUGGCAUGAAAGCAGAAGAAGAACAAAAAGAGGCCGAGCUGGCUGUUUCAGAAUUUUCAGGAAACGGUGCUGGACUAUUGGCUGCUGCAAACACUAUCGUUAGCACAUUCGCGUUGGUAUUUGUUGCUGAAUGGGGUGACAAAUCAUUUUUUUCUACAAUAGCUCUUGCUGCUGCAUCUUCACCUCUUGGAGUCAUCGGAGGGGCAUUAGCCGGUCAUGGAGUUGCAACUUUGUUGGCUGUUCUGGGAGGUUCUUUACUGGGGACAUUCUUAUCUGAGAAGGUUAUUGCCUACAUUGGUGGUACUCUUUUUCUAGUAUUUGCAGCAGUGACAGUAAUAGAGAUAGUGAGUUGAAACAAUCAUUAUUUCAUUUUUUUUUUUUCUAGCAAAAUUGUACUUCUUAUAUCUAUUAUUAAUAUAUAGACCAAAUUUGGAAAAUUUAUGAGGAAACAUAGCAUUGUAGUUAUGCUUAAGUUCUAUGCGCAGACAGUGUAUAAAUUUUUUUCGACUGUGAAGUUAUGUUAACCUGCUACGAGCAGAAGAGGAUUCGAAAGUUAAAA